AUGAUCGUCGACGAGACGUCGUCGACUCGUCGCGUGUCGCACGUGCCUGAUGAUCCCACGUCGGACUCGAUCGAACUCGUUCAGCAGCAUUCGAAAACAGGUGCAAGCUUCGAGGCCACGACACAUUUACAUCGAAGCGUCGCUCGCUGGCGACAAGUUCGGAUUCAAAUGAGCCAAUUGACGCGCGGGCUGAAGCGCUGUAGAGUCCGCAGUAUGGACGGAUCCAGGACCGAGGUCACUUGCAGAGCUUCGAUGCUGCACAAGGAUUUCUGGCUGGAAGCGCUGGAUGAACAGCACCGGUACGGGUUCCAUCUCCGGGCUUUUCACCGAACCUGGAAGCUCGAGAUGGCAGCGGGACUGCCGUCGGGCGAGCGUGACGACGCGUCGUUUUUUCACUGGCUCGAUCACGGUAGAGGGAGCACCGUGGACCUGCCGGAGUGCAGCCAGCAUCAUCUGCGGUCGACUUGUGUGCAAUACUGUACCGAAGAGCAGCGCGGAAGCUAUGAGAUUGAGUUUGUUGCGCAAGGAGAUGGAGAUAACGUGACGGUACAGUAUGCCACGUCGAAACAUGCGGUGCACACGGACGACCGCAGCAAGUGGAUCUUCGUCUUGGACCUUUCCGGGCGAAUGUACCUCGGACGCAAACGCAAGGGGCGAUUCCACCACUCGAGUUUUGUCUCGGGAGCUCCUAUCUUUGCAGCAGGCAAGAUCGCUAUACACCACGGUGUGAUCAUCGCGAUUGAGCCACACAGUGGCCACUUUAAGCCACGACUAGAGAAUCUCUUGGCACUGUGCUUUGUGCUGGCGAAACGUGGCGUUGACAUUGAUCACGUUGCGUUUAUCAAGCCAAAGAAGUGGAUCUGUGCCUGGCCUUUUCCAACACAGCCAAACGUCGAGCUUAGUGGUAUUAUUGGGUGCUCCGAUACGGACUACAGUGCGGAUAGAUCCGACUCGGACGAGUCGCAGAUACUGCAGCUACCAGUAGAUUAA